AAUUGAGCAAGCCUAGCGCUUACUCACUGCAACAUUCCAUAUGUCCACGCCUGACCUAUUCUCAUUCCUCGAUGGGCUGCCUUCUGGGGAUGAGGAUAAAGUCGAAAAUGUCCCCGAGCCGCGUCAACUCGACAAAAAAAUAAAGCGUCGUGCAAGCACGGAUCAUCCGAGUGAUCUCGCGGAUGGCGACACUUCUGGCAGUUUUGCUUUCAAGAAACCCCGUGUAUCAUCACCUGUACCAGUUGUCGUAGAUGAGUUCGAGACAGAGGCCAAACGUGAAAUGGCCGCGAGUGGAGGGCUUACGGGGUCGGUCGAAGCUGGUUCGCGGCUGGAGCUUAGACAUCAGGUCCGCCACCAAGUUGCCAUACCACCAGGUUAUCACUAUGUGCCGAUCGCGCAACAUGUCCCUCCCAAAAAACCGGCAAGGGAAUACAAAUUCACUCUUGAUCCAUUUCAGCAAGUCUCGGUAUUCGCCAUCCAGCGUAACGAGAGUGUUUUGGUUUCGGCGCAUACGAGCGCUGGAAAGACGGUCGUCGCAGAAUACGCCAUCGCGCAAUGCCUGCAAAACAAACAACGUGUUAUUUACACUAGUCCGAUCAAGGCUUUGAGUAAUCAAAAGUACCGUGAGAUGCUCGCAGAAUUCGGGGAUGUUGGUCUGAUGACCGGAGAUGUUACUAUAAAUCCCUCCGCGACGUGCCUUGUAAUGACUACAGAGAUCUUACGGUCAAUGCUCUAUCGGGGAUCCGAGAUAAUGCGUGAAGUUGCGUGGGUAAUCUUUGACGAAAUUCACUACAUGCGAGACAAAGAGCGUGGGGUAGUUUGGGAGGAAACCAUCAUCCUGCUGCCUGAUACGGUUCGCUACGUUUUUCUUUCCGCCACUAUACCGAAUGCCAUGCAGUUCGCUGAGUGGAUUUGUAAAUCCCACGACCAACCGUGUCAUGUUGUCUAUACCGACUUCCGUCCAACACCGUUGCAACACUAUCUAUUUCCUGCAGGAGGUGAAGGUAUCUACCUGGUCGUCAAUGAGAAAGGAGAAUUCCGUGAAGACAAUUUCAGCAAAGCUAUGGGUACACUUCAAGACAAAACCGGGGAGGACCCCGCCGACCCACACAGCGGAAAAGGUCGUAAAGGCAAGACGAAAAAAGGAGGUGAAAAGAAAGGGCAAUCCGAUAUCUCCAAAAUCAUUAAAAUGAUUAUGCUGAAGAACUACAAUCCUGUCAUUGUUUUCGCGUUCAGCAAGCGAGAGUGCGAGGCUCUUGCGCUCACUCUGUCUAAAUUCGAAUUCAAUUCCACAGACGAACAGGAGCUUGUUUCGAAUAUUUUUCAAAACGCCAUCGAAAAUCUCUCCACAGAAGAUCGGAAUCUUUCCCAAAUUUCCAAUAUUCUUCCGUUACUGAAGCGAGGCGUUGGGAUCCACCAUGGGGGCUUACUACCAAUUCUCAAGGAAGUCAUCGAGAUCCUCUUCCAAGAGGGCCUUAUAAAGGUCCUAUUCGCUACGGAGACAUUUUCCAUUGGACUGAAUAUGCCCGCAAAAACAGUAGUCUUUACUGCCGCCCGCAAAUUUGAUGGAAGAGAAUUCCGAAACCUCUCUUCAGGAGAGUACAUUCAGAUGUCUGGCCGUGCAGGCAGACGUGGUCUUGACGAUCGAGGCGUCGUCAUUAUGAUGUGCGACGAAAAGCUAGAGCCAUCAGCCGCCAAAGGCAUGAUCAAGGGAGAGGCUGACCGGCUAGAUUCUGCCUUCCACCUCGGUUAUAACAUGAUCUUGAACCUUCUGAAGGUCGAAGGCAUUAGUCCUGAGUACAUGCUCGAGCGAUGCUUUUUCCAGUUCCAGAGCAGUGCUGGGAUUCCUGUUCUGGAAGAUGAGCUGCAGAAGGAGGAAAAACGGCGAGACGCUAUCACCGUCCCCGAUGAAAACAUCGUCGCUACCUAUUACGAUUACCGUCAACAACUGGAUCGCAUGGCAGCGGAUUUCCGCGAAGUCAUUACCCAUCCGAACUAUUCGCUUCCGUUUCUGCAGCCCGGCCGCCUGAUCAAGGUGAAGUAUCAAGACUUGGACUUCGGGUGGGGCGUGGUCGUAAACUACCAGAAGCGUUUGCCACCAAAGACAUGGCAAAAACAUCAGCUGGCCGAUAUUCCUGCCCACGAACAAUACGUCCUCGACGUGCUAAUGAACUGCAACGAUGGUGCUACGCUAUUGAAGGACAAAACGGUAUCUACGCCCACACCAGGGGGGAUACUCCCUUGUUUCCCUGGCAAUAAAGGCUUGCCGCUCGUAGUGCCUAUUUUCCUUUCUGCCGUGGACGCGAUCAGCCACAUCCGUGUCUUCCUACCGAAAGAUCUUCGACAAGAUCAAGCGCGUGAUACUGUCUGGAAGAGCGUUCUCGAAGUGCAACGAAGAUUCCCGGAUGGCAUUGCCCUUCUCGAUCCUGUGGAAAACAUGGACAUCAAAGAUGAGAAGUUUACAGCCCUAGUCAAUAAAAUCGAUGUCAUGGAACAAAAAAUGUUCUCAAAUCCAUUGCACAAUGAUCCCCGUCUCCCAGAAGUAUACACGCUGUACGCCCAAAAGCAGGAGGCACAAACAAAGAUACGGGAUUUGAAAAGGCGUAUUAUGGCGACACACGAUGUCCUGCAACUCGAGGAGUUGAAAUACCGGAAACGUGUACUCCGUCGACUUGAGUGCACGAACUCAUCCGACAUCGCAGAACUAAAGGGUCGUGUAGCUUGCGAAAUCAGCACUGGGGACGAGCUUCUGCUUACUGAACUUAUCUUCAAUGGCGUCUUCAACUCCCUACUCCCUGAGCAAUGUGCCAGUCUACUUAGCUGCUUUGUUUUCACAGAAAAGAGUGAACACGUGACCAAGCUCACAGAAGAGUUAGCAGCGCCAUUGCGCGUUAUGCAAGAAAUUGCGCGCCGAAUAGCGAAAGUGUCACAGGAAUCGAAAUUACCGUUGGUCGAGGAAGAAUAUGUUGCGUCUUUCAAAGUCGAAUUAAUGGAUGCCGUUUUCCAAUGGUGUAGAGGAGCUUCGUUUUCCGACAUUUGCAAACUGACCGAUCAAUUUGAGGGAAACCUGAUACGUGUCUUUAGGCGCCUUGGUGAAUUACUUCGUCAGAUGGCUCAGGCCGCCAAAGUCAUUGGCAACUUGGAACUUCAAGAAAAAUUUCAGAAGGCAUCUGAAAUGCUAGAACGCCCUAAUUCUGUCAUUUUUUGUUCUUCCCUGUACCUGUAGAAUCUAUGACGCUCCAACCCUCACUUUCCUCAGGACGGGUAAUUUCUUGCAUGUCUGUCAUGUUGAUAAGCCAGAACAUUUGGGCCAUUGUUUGCGGGAACCAGAAGCAGAUGCGAUGAUGGUCAUGCAAAAUGUUUGCGGGGACGAAUUACACUGAAAGCUAAAAUAAAAGCAUGUGCAACCAAUCUGGUAGUCAAACGAUCGUGGGCAGGGUACUGUCAUG